AUGCCCUUCGUCCCUUUCGUUGCAAGGGUAUUUAAGCUCUCAGGGCUGCGUUGCAAUCAAGGGCCGGUGGCUAUCAUAACUCCGGGUCUAGAAUGUCCCUGUCAAAGGUUACGGGAGGAUCAGCCCAAGCUAAUCGGAUACCACACCUACACCUGGAACGACACGGCGCACACGGAACGAGAGGAGGAGGAGAUCCUGUCGGUGACCUAUGACGACGGCCGCUGGAGUAAACCUUACUUCGACUGCGGUGGAGGAAAUAUCUGGAUGAUGACUUAUACUGUGCCGUUCUUCGGAUUCGCUAACGGGACUUAUUAUUUCAAAGGGACGAGCGGAAUAGACAUAGACCUUCGGCGAGUAGAUAUAGACCAGUGCCCUCUGCCUCCGGGGUCUAAGGAUCUCAACAUCUUUGAGAGUUCGGAUAAGUGCAAAAACAGGACCACGAAGUGCGUGACGAUCAAAGGCCUGGGAUUCCGUCGCGGCAGCUACCAGUGCCAGUGCAAGGACGGCUUCUACUUCCCCGACACGGCUGCCUCCGUCAAGUACUUCAAUGGGUCGCUCAUUGAAGAGGAAUACGAGAAAAAGAUGCUGGGUCUGGCCUCCCGCUACGACCUCCCUGGCCAGUUCGAGUGCCUCCCCUGCGCCGAGGGAUGCGAGAGGUGUGAGGACGACAGCCCCUGCGUGGUGUCCCUCAACUGGAUGAUGAGGACGGGGAUUCUCACGCUCGCCAUCAUCAUCAUCUGCAGCCUCCCGGUCAUCGUGGUCUUCACUUGGAAGUAUGGUAAUAUUAAGGUGGUGCGAGCGGCCAGUCCCGCCUUGCUCAGAAUCAUUAUACUUGGCGCUUUCUUCAUCUACUCUACGACGUUGGUGCUGUACCCCAUCCCUACCGUCAUCUCAUGCAGUCUCCGCGUGUGGCUCAGAGAGAUUGGAUUCUCGCUCUCGUAUGGGGCACUUAUGCUUAAGACGUGGAGGAUCUCGGUGAUCUUCCGGGUACGUUCGGCCAAAGCGGUCAAGAUAACGGAUCUCGACCUCAUGAAGAGACUGGGCAUCAUCGUCGGGGUCUUCGCUGUGUUCCUGGGCAUCCGGACGGUCGUGGCUCCUCCGCAGGUGAUCGUAUCCAUGACAGCUGAUGAUUUAAAAGCCUUCCUCUGUUCAACGGAUUGGUGGGACCAUUCCUUCACUGCCAUUCCUCACAACGAAACUCAUGAAUUUUUGGUCAAUGUGCGAAUGCCUUUCGAAGAGGAGGUGCCAAUUGGUGCCAGUUCUCGGGAUCCUGUUGGAGUGCCGCUCUUCCUGCAAUCGCCAGCCAACCCAGACUUGUUAUUCAUCAUCUUCUUCUGCCACACGCAGUUGACUAUCACUAUUCUCAUCGCCCUCAUCUUCGGUAGCAAGGCCUACCUGGUGCUAAAGGGACAGGGGAAGGACGAGGGCUCCUCCAUGACGAAGCCUAACGUGGCCAAGUUCCUGCAGCGCCCCAACGCCGGGAACAGCCAGAACUUACUCACCACCACGUCGUCCUCGGGGAACGUCGAGGGGGACAUGCUGGAGGAGUUCCGGAAGGUGUACAUGCAGCUGGAGGCGCUGAAGGAGCGCAACCUGCGCGCGGGAAACCGGGGCAUGGCGGCCAAGAUCAAGGCCAUGCAGGACGCGGCCAACACGGCCUCGUUCACGUCGGCCCCGUCGGCGCCGCCCGUCACCACCGUCGUUGUGUCGGAGAAGAAGGAGACCAACGCGGAGCGGGAGCUGCGGAGGGCGGAGAGCCGGAGGGAGAAGAAGUGCAACGACGGCAUCAUCAUGAAGCCCUACGUCAACAACAUCCUGGCCAACAUGACGGACAAGAUCGUGUGCGCCACCUUCAAAGACGAGAUCCCGUCGCCGACCAAGGUGUCCCCCGACCUGGCGCAGCAGAGGUGGCGGGAGGACAUGGACGAGGAGGAGCUGUCUCGCACCAGCUACAGCGCCCCGCAUGACACCAGCGAGACCGCCUCUUGCCGCUGCCAAAGCGUCUCGCACGAGAACCUGUGUACCUGUGAAACCAAGUCCGAGGGGGACACCAAAAGUGACUCGGAGGCCAAGGACCUGAAGGCGAUGGGCUGCCGCAGUGCCGAGUUCCUCCUGGGGAAAAGUGUGUCGAGUGAGGGGACCGCAGACCUGUCCGAGAGAGUGUGUCGGAGUCUGGAGAACCUGGACGACACGAGCGCGCGAGGGGGACCCGUGGGCGAAUGCGACCUGAGCCUGGAGGACAGGUCAGUCCGCUCCGCCCACUCCACGCCGCGCCGCAACCAAGGACGCUUUAGAGAAAUCCGUGACCCCGACAGAGCGAGGGCGUUCAUCCUGUACAGUUUAUCCGAUCGCGCGACACUCACGGAGGAGGUGACGGUAUGUGUGACUGUGUCGAUGUCGAGAGGAGGCGCUUCGGUGCCGUCCUUCGUCAUCAGACAUGGCUUGCCUAUGAGCGGCCAACCUUUAACUCCAAUAUCCCUUAACAAAUUACAACCAAUGAAUGUCCCUUGCUUCGAGAUAGAAAGCUUUCUCCUUUAUGACAACCUCCGCAACAUUCUACUCCGGCGUUUCCGUAUGGUAAUUGAAAGGCCGAGCACGACGGCGCCUCCAAGUGGCCAUAGGAGAACCGGAAAACUAAAAAUUCGACAGCACAAUGCAACUAUUAUACCGCAAGGAAAUUCACACCAAGUUUCAACGUCCUAG